GUAUAUUCGACCGCGGUGUUUAGAUAGUGCGCUACGAAAUGCCGAAAGAUUCUACGAAUGCUAGUGAACAGCAAUCUUCCGCUGAGUUCUUUUCUCAUGAUGGAAUUUUCUCAUUGGAAUCAGUUCAAUGGCUAAAGAUUACGAAUUCAUUGAUGAACCUACAGGUUUGUAACAGUUACUUGGUUGGUGCCACGUCGAAAAAUACUUUAAUUAGGGCGUCAACAGUCCCCCCAGUUAAUCCAUCAGGUUUGUGCACUUUUUAACUGAUUUUGAUAGGUAGUAAAAUUGGCAUUUUAUAUUUGAAAAUUCGUGUUUAAAUUAAGACUGACCAAGUUUUUCCCUUUUAUUUUUACUUUCAUCUCUCAAAUCUUCAUGUAAACGCCUACAUCAACUGUUUCCGAGCUGACAUCUGGUGUCGUACAUUUUUAAAGCAACAUCACUGACAUUCACGUUUUCGUCAUAGUUGAUCAAGUAACCAGUUAUCAAAACAAUCUUAAACGGCUAAGGCUGAUCAAACAAUUUACGCCCUUUGCGUGAAUCUUCGGGUCAAUAAUAGAAGGUGGGAUACAUUAGAGCACUUUAUGGAAUGGAGUUGAUGUUUGCCCCUAAGCCUCUGCAGUGGGUCCCAAUUUUCCGCAAUGUUCCCGAAGUCAGUGCUAGGUGGAAAGUAGGAUUUGAAAUGAGUUGGUUGAUAAGGAGAGCGUAUAUGUGAGUUGUCAUGGUUUCAUCCAGCUGCUCAGAAGCGUACAGUUUCAGAAGGAACCACAUGCAGUGGUUAAGAAAUGUUAAUCAUGCAGCUCACUUAUUUCCAAUAGUGUAUGUCCACUAGUAGCGUCUGAUGGUCUGUUUUAAGAACUUUUCAGAUGUAUGACUGAUAAUAACAAUGAUUUUCUUCAUUUCAAACAGUAACAUAAUACAGCAUGGAAUUCUCAGCAUUUCAUGUAAUAUUGCAUCUAAUUUACUCAACAACAGUGAAAACAGAAAUAAAAUAUAAUAUUACAGGAUUGGUUAUAGCAGCGUUUUGGUACUUACGGUGACAAUAAAUUCAAAAUACACAAAAUGUCAGAAAUUGAAAUUACUCGUCAAUCAGAUGAUCGUGUUCAUAAUAUCUUUUUGGAUCCUAUGGGUUGGCAUACCAUAAUAAGCAUGCAAUCUGGUAUGAACUUUUACAUCAAUAGAGGUAUGAAGAAGGUUCGACCAUUGAACAAAACAAAGGAUCAUUUAUUCGAUUCUGUGGCAUGGAAUCAGCAUAAUGUAAAUGAAUUGUCUACACAAGAAAUAUUAAUUGGUACAAAUGAUGGAUUAAUAUUUGAAACUGUAUUGAUGUUCAAUGAGGACAGCUUUUUUGGGUCAGGAAGUAUUGAACAAUAUUGGGUUCAAAUGAUUAAUUUAGGCCAUAGUGUAACUGGUAUUGAAGUAAUUCGAUUUCCUAUCGGUUCAGCUAAUGUAUUAGUCGGUGAACCACAAAGAUGUGUUGUAUUCGCCACAACACCUGGUCGUAUGUAUCAAUUCGCUGGAUGGAUUAAUACAAAUACAUCAAUAACUGGUUCAAUUCUAUCUCAUUUAGCCUCAAAUACUACAAUCACUUCAAGUGUUUCAUCUAAUACUGCAACAGUUGUUCCACCGGGUCAUCGAUCUAGUCUUGUGAAUGAAUACAAUCAACAGUUUGCUGGAGCACAGAAUACAACAAUAUUUCCCAAUAUAACUGGCCUAUUCUAUGGUGUAUUCAAUUCUGAUGAUAAAUUACCUGCAGGUUCUAAAGUAACUGAAUUUCCAGGAAGCUUUGGUUACAGUGAUUUAAAACUUUAUCGUAAUCCGAAUGAUGAACUCCCGAGUAAAUUUGCUUGGAUGACAGGUCCUGGUAUCUACUUUGGUCAUAUAAAAACAGAACAAUUAAGUAUGCCACCGUUUACAAAACUUUCAGUAAAUGACCAAUCAUCAUCGGAUAUGAAAUCAUUUUCAAAUGAAAUAACAUCAUCCAGUACAGUACCACCACCUACAGAGGAUUUAGAUGAUCCAAAUCGAAUUAAAGAUGUAUUCUCUGGUCGUGGAGUUAAUUUGACGAGAAAUACAAAACUCAUACCAUAUCCAAUUAUUCAUAUGCUUGAACGACCGGGUAUCCCUUUAGGUAUAUGUAUGACAGAAUUUCAUUUAAUCAUUGUAUAUAUGGAUCGUAUAAAAGCUGUAAAUACACUGGAUGGUCGUGCAGUUUAUUCUAUGCCAUUAAGUAAUCUCAUUGGUGGUGAACGUGCCUUAGGCAUAUCACGUGAUUCUAGUUCAAAUCGUAUUUGGAUAUUUAGUAAUAGUCAUUUAGCUCAAUUAAUUAUGAAAAAUGAAUUAUGUAGGAUAUGGCAAAUUUAUCUGGAUCGUUUACAAUUCGAUGAAGCUCGUCAGUUUUGUAAGGAUUCAAAUCAAAUGGAUAUAAUCAAUAUUCGAGAGGCUGAAUAUAAUUUUGACAAUGGAAAUUAUAUCCGUGCAGCUAGAAUGUUUGCGCGUAGUUCAAUACCAUUUGAACAGAUAGCUCUGCGUUUUUGUCAUUUAUCGUCGUCUAGUGCAGCAACAACAAUUGAUCAUCAAUCCCUGACAUCAUUAGAUCAUUUUACAGCCUUAUCAUCUUCAUUAAUUCAACAAGGUUAUGAAAUUAAUGAAGAUCAUGAUAUUAUGGAAGCUUUAUUAUUAUCAUCACCACUAGGAGGAGGAGGAGGACGAGGGGAGAAAAAGUCACAGUCAAACAAAGACUGUGAUAAUACAUCUUUACAACAAUAUAAAUCCUCUGGUAUGAACAAGUUAUCAAUACCGAAUCAAGUAAAAUAUAAUCUGUUCCCACAGCCACCGCCAUCAUCAUCAUCAUCAUCAUUGAUGUCGAUGUCAUCGACUCAUCCAUCUUUUGGUCCAUUGAAAAUAUUCAUUUCUGCAAAAUUAGAUUAUUUAAUUGAACAGAAAAAUCAAAAAGGCGGGAUUAAAUCAUCACAAGGGAAUUCAAUAACUGGUCAAAUUAUCCUACUGUCUAUGUGGUUAAUUGAACUACUUUUAACAGAGUUGAGUUUUACACGUGAUCGUUUAACAAAACAAAAUUAUAAUUAUCAUCAUAUAGGAGAAGUUGAAGAGAAAAGUAAAAAUAAUGAGAAUGAUACAAUGACAGUUGCAUUACAAAAUCAUUUAGCUACUGUAAAACGUGAAUUUCGUACAAUAUUAACAUAUCCUGAAGUAUUGAAGUUUCUACCUAACGCCAAAUUUGUAAUAUACGAUUUAUUAGAAAGUCAUGGAGAAAAUGAUGAACUUAUUUACCUUACUGAAUUGAUGGGAGAUUAUUCGCGUUUAGUGGAUCAUUAUAUGCGUCAGUGUAUGUACAAUGAAGCCUUAAAACUAUUGGCUAGUCAACCUACUUGUAUCAAUCGAUUUUAUGAUUAUGCAUCAUGUUUAGCUAGUAAAUCUCCAGAGGAAUUUGUUAACGUAUGCAUACGUUUAGACAAUAAAUUGGAAUCAAAUAAACUUCUGCCUUGCAUUAUGCUGUUACCAGAGAAUCAAGCAAUCAAAUAUUUAGAACAUACAAUUACUAAGCAUUCGUAUACAAAUUGCGGUGGUGGAACACAUCAAGCUGUACAUCAUAUGCUUAUCUCAUUAUAUGCUAAUGAAUAUCGUACUACUACUACUACUACUAAUAAUAAUAAUAAUAAUAAUAACAAUCAGCUAAAGAAGGAUGGUAAAAGUGAUAAACUAUUAGAGUAUUUAGAAAAAGUUAGUGUACAAGCUAUUAAUAUGCGAAAAAUUAAACAACACCAACAACAUGCCAACGGGAAUAUUGAUGGUAAUGCAGAUGAUUCAACACUGGACGGGAAUUCCUAUCUAUUUCCAUCAUUAGAUUUUGAUCUGUCUGAAUUAUCCUUACUGGAUCGUCAGUAUAAUGAUGGUAAUAAUGAGAUGACAUCGAGUGGAGGUGCUGCUAAUCCAUUAAAGUUUUUAAAUAGUCAAUAUGAUCAGUUGAAUGCUGAACAGCAUAUACAAUCAUUAUUACCAUAUGAUCCAGGUUUUGUACUACGUUUAUGCAAAGAAGUUGGUCAUUUAAAGGGUAUGAUCUAUAUGCUUCAAAUAUUGGAUAUGCAUCAAGAGGCUUUACAGUUAGCUAUUGAAUGGAAUGAAAUAGCAUUGGCAAAAGAAAUCGCUCAAAGUGAUUUCUUCAAUUCAAAUCUACGUCGUCAAUUAUGGAUUCAAUUGGCUCAACAUAUUAUUAGUACAAAUGGAAAUAUGCAAGAAGCAAUCAGUUUAUUACGUGAAUGUCCUUUAUUAAAGUUGGAAGAUAUUCUUCCGUAUUUUCAUCAAUUUGUAACGAUUGAUCAAUUUAAAGAUUUAAUUUGUGCAUCAUUGGAUUCAUAUAAUGAACGAAUUGAAAAUGUUAAAAAUGAAAUGCAGACAACAAUGAAAACUAUUGAUGAAUUACGUACACAAUCAAAUAAUUUACGUUAUAGGUAUCAAAUUGUAGAGAAUGAUUCACGUUGUAUGCAUUGUAAUCAUUUAUUAAUACUUCGAGCAUUUUAUCUAUUUCCAUGUGGACAUAAUUUUCAUAUUAAUUGUCUCACUGAAUUGGUGAAGCCAUAUUUAUCAGCAGAGCAAAAAUUAAAAUUAUCUAAAGCUGUUGAUUCUGAAAAUAUUGGGAAUACUGCAUCAGUGACUAGUUUUGAGGAUAUAUUCGAUGAGAUUAUCGCUGACGAUUGUAUUCUAUGCGGUCGUAUAGCUAUUGAAAAUCUCUCCAGACUGUAUUACACUGAUCAAGGGAGUUAUGAGAAGGAGUUAUCAAUUUGGCAGUAGAAAUUACGGACGAGGAUAGACACAUACACACACAUACAUAUGCGUACCUGUGUUAUUUAUUUACGUUUUGGAUCGAUCGAUAUACAGGCUUAUAGUACUUACUACUAAUAAAAUCAUUGAACUGACUGUAGUGAUUGAAUAAAUUAUAUAUAUAUAUAUAUAUAUAU